CUUUAUAUCUGUGAGAUUGAAAAACUCGGAACGAAUUAUUAGUUUCUGUUUUUAUAGUAGAAUUGAGUAGAAUAUGCUGAUUACUAUUUUUACAGAAGUACAAGUUUGGAGAGCAGUUUUUCAAGAAACAGUCGUACAUAAAUAAAUGUAUCGCAUCUUUGUGUAGCUUUGAAAGAGGAGAAAUAGAGUGUGCUACGAUAUUCGUCGUAAGGUGGCAACUCAGAACGAAAGAGAAAGAACAGGAAAAAAAAGGCGUUCCAUCCCGUCUCGGGAUCGUCUGCCAGACUCGUCAGUGGGGCUGAUAACAGACGAUCCCUGCCCCAGAUGCCAAUAACCCCGGUUUUCGAAACUCGUAUAUAUUCGAAUUGCGUGCCAGGAGACCGCCAGCGAGAAGAAAUUUAAUCCCGCUGCCACCUGGCGGUCGCCGACCUGAGCUAAGGGCGUCCGGGGAGACUCGCCGUCUUUCCUCUUCCACUAAAAACGCCUACAUACAAAACAAUGGCUGCUACUUUCGAUCAAUAUGACAAGUCCAGUUGGUACUUUGGUCCAAUGUCACGUCAAGAAGCCUCGGAUUUACUGAUGGGUGAAAAAGAAGGUGGUGUAUUUUUAGUACGUGACAGCACAUCGAUACACGGGGAUUUUGUUCUAUGUGUACGAGAGGACAGCAAGGUUAGCCAUUAUAUUAUAAAUAAAAUUCAGCAGGGUGAUCAAGUACGUUAUCGGAUUGGAGAUCAAAUAUUUCCUGAUAUUCCCAACCUUUUGGCUUUUUACAAAUUACAUUAUUUGGAUACAACACCAUUGAUCAGGCCUGCUCCUAAAAAGACACAAAGGGUGAUAGCAAAAUAUGAUUUUGAGGGCAACGAUCCUGAUGACUUACCAUUCAGGAAAGGGGAAAUUCUCACAAUUAUAACAAAAGAUGAAGAACAAUGGUGGACUGCCAGAAACAGUCUUGGUCAAACUGGUUCAGUCCCAGUUCCGUAUGUUCAGAAAUACGAAGAAGACAAUCAUUCAGUAAUGGAGAACAAUUCUCGUCCGGACAGCGGAGGAAGUUCAACUAUAAAUUCAAAUUCUGUUCAGGUUUCUGCUUCUCAGUUGUCGUAUCCGGAAGGUGGACAAGGCACGACGCGCAGGUCUAACAUUCAGCGAACGUUACCUGCGUUUGCAAAAGUGAAACAGGCAAGAGUACCAAAUGCAUACGAUAAAACUGCUCUAAAACUAGAAGUUGGAGACGUGAUAAAAGUAACGAAAACUAAUAUAAACGGCCAGUGGGAAGGUGAAUUGCACGGCAAGGUUGGCCAUUUUCCAUUUACACAUGUUGAGUUUGUGGAUAAUGAGACUGGAGAAGACAAUCAAGAGAUUUAACGGAAGUCUUCCAAGUGUGAUGAGUAAUGAAGUUGACUUGGCAAUUUAGGUUUAUAUUAGCAGUUAUCCUAUGUACUGGUACAUAGAAUCAGCCUAAUUAAGAUUUCUGUAUAGAAUUAUUUGUUUUGUAGCAGUCUUUAAUUGAUUUUAAUAAUCGUUAAUAAUUUGUAUUCGUUUGUAUACGAGUUCAAACAUAUUAAAUCUAUAUACACAUUACAUGUAUCGGGUAAUCGCAUAUAUUUUUAUGGGUUACCAGAAAAGAAGGUUUUUUAAUAACAGUUUUGUACCGGUACAUAUCAUGCUGUCUAGCCAUAGGUUGUGCCACAAACGGAACAACAUUUUCUACUAGAAUAUUCUAUUUAAUAAAGAAGCUGUUAACCAUAUUAUGAUUGUAAUUAUACAUGAAUUACAUUAACUAUAUAUUAUUAGGUAAUUACAUAAGUUGCAAUUGCUGAGUAACGUUUUUAAGACAGCAGAAACUGUGAAUUUAUGUUUCUAAGUGCACCGUAUUAUAUCGUCAUGAUUGUAAGUUACGCGGAUUACUUGUUAAUAUGUAAUUAUACAGAUCAUAAGAGCAUUUAGUUGUGUAAAAAAAAUGGUAGCAACUUUAAAGUUCCGCUUUAUACUAUGUAUACAUUAAUUUUAUUAUAAUAGCAGUCAUACAUGAGUUACUGUAAAUUAUAUAUUAUUAAUAUAUAAUUAUAUAAGUGAACUGUAUCGUGAUUUUUGUUGUAAGAACAACUUCGAAAAUUACUUUAAAGUUCUGUUUAACGUAGAAAUUAGUAUAAAUACAGUUAUGUAUGUAUAAAUACAUUUUAAUAUAUAUUUACAUAUUAUUAUAUAUUUGUAAAAAUUGUAAUUUUAUCGUACAUUUUAAUCAAUUGUUUUUCAAUAUUUUUAUAUGGAUACAAACUGGCAACUUCAGAGUUCUACUCACACUAAUAUGUAUUAAUUGCAUUUGAGUAUAAUUAUAUGUAAGCUGUAUGUACGUGAUGUACAGUCGUUUAGAAAACACUGUAACUUUUUGCAUUUCUACAAGUAUUUACAAAUUGAUUUAUUUUAUUUGUAA